UGGGCCCGUCAGUGUGAGUUAAGCCUCGGUCGUGAGUGGAUGUAGUGUGUCGGGAGGCAUGACUGGGACAGACUGACUGUUAAUGAUAAGUGUUGUGGUGCAUCAGGACCACAAGUAAUUUCCCCGAUGUGUGUGAACUAAUCUAGUGUUAUUCAAGAUGCACGUACGCGCAGGGAUUGUCCUGUGGGUAUGGUGCUGUCUGGCCCACCUCGCCCAGGGCUUCAUCUCGUGUUCCCCAAACCCCUGCAAGAAUGAUGGCAAAUGUGUGUCCCACCCCGGAGCGGAGUCUUCGUGCCAGUGCACGGACGAGUACGUCGGGGAGUACUGCCAGCACCUCAACCCGUGCCGGAACGGUCCCGGGGCUCGCUGUCAGAACGGCGGCACCUGCAAGGCCGUGCUCUCGGUGUCCGGCCCCAGCCCCAAGUUUGAAUGCAUCUGUCCCGUGGGGUACCAGGCGUCGCUGUGUGAGAUUGCAGUGGCCAACGCCUGUGAUUCCGACCCGUGCCUCAAUGGCGCCACUUGCCAGUUAGUAACCCUCGACACCUACCGCUGCCAGUGCCCCUCUGGCUACCGCGGCGAGCAUUGCGAGAAGGUGGACCACUGCGCCUCCAAGCCGUGCCGCAACGGUGCCACCUGCCACUCCACAGGCUCCACUUUCAGCUGUACCUGCCCGCCAGGCUUCACCGGCACCACCUGCACCACCGACGUGGACGAGUGUCGCGACGAGCCCUGUCGACGAGGCACCUGCAGCAAUACCUUUGGCUCCUACACAUGUAACUGCGAGGUGGGCUACACUGGCGCCAACUGUGAGAGUCAAUACGUGCCGUGCGAGCCGUCGCCGUGCCACAAUGGCGGCACCUGUGUGGCGCGGGACGCCUUCUCCUACGACUGUCGCUGCCCUUCCGGAUUCAGAGGCAGGAACUGCGAGAUCAACAUUAACGACUGCGAGAGGCAUAUGUGCCAAAAUGGCGCGACGUGCGUGGAUGGCGUCAACACGUACACGUGCGCGUGUCCGCCAACCUUCACCGGGCCGUACUGCACUGAGGACGUGGAUGAGUGUGCUGUGCGCCCCACUAUUUGCAAGAACGGCGCCACCUGUACCAACACUGUGGGCGGCUUCUCCUGCAUCUGUGUGAAUGGCUGGACAGGAGAGGUGUGCUCUGAGAACAUCGACGACUGCACGGCCUCUGCUUGUUUCAACGGCGCCACCUGCAUCGACCGCGUGGGCUCCUACCUGUGCCAGUGCACGCCGGGGAAGACGGGCUUAUUGUGCCACCUGGACGACGCCUGUGCCAGCAAUCCGUGCCAUCGCGGCUCCCUGUGUGACACCUCGCCCACCGACGGCGGUUACAUAUGCACGUGUCCGCCAGGCUACAAGGGCGUUGACUGCACGGAGGACAUCGACGAGUGCAAGGAGGGUUUGCCUUGCGAGCACAAUGGCACCUGCGUCAACACUCCGGGCUCCUUCAGGUGUAACUGCUCCAAGGGCUUCACAGGGCCGCGCUGCGAGAUCAACAUCAAUGAGUGCGAGAGCAACCCGUGCCACAACCAGGGCACAUGUCUGGACGAGCGCGGUGCCUUUCGCUGUGUGUGCAUGCCAGGCUACACUGGCCAACACUGUGAAGAAGACGUUGAUGAAUGUGCCUCCCACCCAUGCUACAACAAUGGAGUGUGCAGCGACCUCAUCAACGAGUACCGGUGCAGCUGUACUCAGGGCUUCACUGGCCGCCAGUGUCACAUCAAUAUUGACGACUGUGCUUCAGAGCCUUGCCAACAUGGGGGAAUCUGCAUUGAUAGGGUUGCUGGUUACAGUUGUCGCUGCCCACCAGGCUUUACUGGCAGGAACUGUGAGACCAACAUUGACGACUGUCUGUCUUCUCCCUGCCGCCAAGGAACCUGCAUCGACGGGAACAACUCCUUCAAGUGCAUGUGUCACCCAGGCUACACGGGCCUCCUGUGUCAGACGGAAAUUGACGAGUGCAGCUCCUCUCCGUGUCAGCACAAGGGGACGUGCAAGAACCUCAUCAAUGGCUACAAGUGUGACUGUCCCAACGGCACAGCCGGAAUGAACUGUGAGCACAACAUCAACGAGUGCUUCAGCAAUCCGUGUCGCAACGGUGCCAAGUGCAAGGACGGGAUCAACGAGUACAGCUGUGAGUGUGAGCCAGGCUACACCGGCAGGCACUGCGAGACCAACAUUGAUGAUUGCCUGUCCCAGCCAUGUGCCAACGGAGGCCGGUGCAUCGACAUGGUUAAUGGGUUCCGCUGCCAGUGCCCAUCCGGUUACUACGAUGCUCGUUGCCUCUCCAAUGUCAACGAGUGUGCCAGCGACCCCUGCCUUAAUGGUGGUUCCUGCUACGAUGAUGUCAACAGGUUCAACUGCAAGUGUCCACCGGGGUUCACUGGCCACCGCUGUGAACACGAGAUUGACGAGUGCCAGUCCAACCCAUGCCAGCAUGGCGGCACCUGCCAUGAUGCCCUCAACAUGUACACCUGCUCAUCCCCGGGCUACUCCGGCAGAAAUUGUGAGGUAAAUAUUGAUGACUGCCAGAGUCGUCCAUGCAGGAAUGGUGGCACUUGCAUUGACUUGGUGAACUCCUACAAGUGUGUGUGUGAGCUCCCCCACACUGGCAAGAACUGUGAGGUGCGCAUGGACCCAUGCUCCCCAAACAAGUGCCGGCACGAUGCCCGUUGCAUGCCCACAGCAAACUUUGUGGACUUUACUUGCGAGUGCAACUUGGGCUACACCGGCCGCCUCUGUGAUGAGGACAUCAACGAGUGCAGCGUGUCCCCAUCGCCCUGCAAGAAUGGCGCCACCUGUCGCAACACCAAUGGCUCCUACUCCUGUGACUGUGCUGUGGGCUACGAGGGCCGGGAGUGCACCAUUAACACCAAUGACUGUGCUCCGCAGCCCUGCCUCAACGGCGGCACUUGCCUAGACGGCAUCGGGGAUUACACCUGCCUGUGUGUUGACGGGUUCGGUGGCACCAACUGUGAACACGAUCUCAACGAGUGCGACUCAAAUCCUUGCCAGAACAAUGCCACCUGCAACGACUACGUCAACUCCUACACCUGCACCUGUCGCCUUGGCUUCUCCGGAACAAAUUGUGAGAUUAAUGAUGAAGAUUGCACUCCAACAUCCUGCAUGAACAAUGGAAGCUGCAUUGACGGCAUCAACAACUACACCUGCGAGUGCAUGAUGGGCUUCACUGGCUCCCACUGCCAGCACCGCAUCAACGAGUGCCAUUCUAACCCUUGCAAGAAUGGUGGCACCUGCAGUGACCAUGAUGGCUUCUUCACCUGCCACUGUCAGUAUGGCUAUACUGGGGAACAGUGUGAAAACCUGGUGGACUGGUGCACACCCACCCCCUGCUUCAACAACGGUGUGUGCAAGCAGACCAAGAACCGCUACAAGUGUGUGUGUCCACUGGGCUGGACUGGCCUGCUGUGUGAUGUGGAAAUGGUGUCCUGUGCCACUGCAGCUGCCAGCAAGGACGUGAGUCCCUCAGAAUUAUGCCUUCACGAUGGCAAGUGCCACGACAUUGGCAACACCCACCGCUGCGAAUGUGCCCCGGGGUAUACCGGCUCCUACUGCCAGCAUGAGAUACGGGAGUGCGACUCCCAGCCAUGCAUGAAUGGUGCCACCUGCAAUGACCAUGUGGGCACCUACUCUUGCACCUGCCGGCCGGGCUUCCAAGGCCUGGACUGCGAGUACAAUGUUGAUGACUGCAAGCCUAACAAUCCCUGCCAGAAUGGAGGAGUCUGCCACGACCAGGUGAAUGGCUUCCAGUGUUCCUGUCCCCACGGAACUCUUGGGAAGCUGUGCGAGAUCAACACCAAUGAUUGCUAUGAGGGAGCCUGUCACAAUGGCGGGACUUGUGUGGAUAAGGUUGGUGGAUUUGAGUGCGACUGUAAGGCAGGCUACGUGGGCACCAGGUGUGAAGGGGAUGUAAAUGAGUGCCUGUCAUCCCCCUGUGUGUCUGAGGGCACUGCUGACUGCAUCCAGCUUGUCAAUGACUACCGUUGCAACUGUAAGCUGGGAUACAUGGGACGGCACUGUGAGAGCAAGAGGGACUUUUGUGCGGAGGCACCCUGCCAGAAUGGAGGAGUCUGCAACAAUAACAAUGUGGACUACUCUUGUCACUGCCCUGAUGGAUUCACAGGAAAGUCCUGCGAGUUCCCAAGCGACAACUGUGCCUCCAAUCCAUGCCGGCCAGGAGAGAUCUGCCGCCCCUAUGAGCGCGGCGCUGAGUAUCCUCAGGAGGAAAAGGUCACCUCCUGUAGCCCCAACCCAUGUCUGCAUGGUGGCAACUGUCUGGACAGGAUCACCUUCUUUGAGUGCCACUGUCCUCCAACCUGGAAUGGCAAGAUGUGUGAGGUGCACAACCCAACUUUCAAAGGUGGCAUUGGUAAGCCAGUCAUCACCUUUAUCUCCAACAUUACUCUGGAGAGAGAGGGGUGUGAAAUCCACCGCUGUGAAGAAAAGAAGAACAACAAUAAGUGUGACAAAGAGUGUGCAACUCCAGCCUGUGACUAUGAUGGCUACGAGUGUUCCUUGGGGAGGGACCCGUGGGGAAUGUGUCAGGCUCCAAUAAACUGUGUGGAAGUCUUUGGAAAUGGAGUUUGUAACACUGAAUGCAAUAACAGUGAGUGCCUCUUUGAUGGUAUGGACUGCAAGAAGCCCUUGGAUUCUUGCAAUCCAAUCUACGAUGCUUACUGCCAGACCAACUAUGGCAACGGCCACUGCGACCAAGGCUGCAACACUGAGGAAUGUGGCUGGGACGGCCUGGACUGUGAGAUGGAGCCGCCAUCCAUACUGCAGGAAGGACUCCAGAUUGUAGUAGAGACUGACAAGGCCACAUUCAUGAUGGUGAAGAAGGCCUUCACACGCUCACUGAGCACUGAGCUCCGGGCACACCUCUCCAUCAAGUUGGGCAAGUCUGGCGAGGAGAUGAUCUACACUUACAACAGGGAUGGCAUCCAGGGCCUGCUAGUGUACUUUGACAUUGACACCCGUCGCUGCGAGAGGGAGAACCAGUGCCUGGGAACUGUCACCGAUAUGGCAAACUUCCUGGCAGCCAACCGUCUGCGUCUGGGGAGCUACCAUGACGUGCCCAUUGCCAAGGUGUAUGAGGACAUGCCCCUGGAUCCCACACCUGGCUAUGCCUAUGUCAUUGUUGGCAUUGUCUUUACCAUGGUGUUGGUGGGCAUCAUCUUCAUGGUCAUUACUAACAACCGCAAGCGUGCCAGAGGCAUCACCUGGUUCCCCGAGGGAUUCUUCCCCAAGUACAACACACCACAGGGGACCGAGCCAGCCCGCAGGAAGCCAGACGGCCAGGAGAUGCGCAGCUUCAGCAAAGGGGCCUCCAUGCACCAUCUGGCUGACUUGGCUGAUGGAGAGGGUCCAGGCCCUCCCAUGGCUAUCCCAGGACCAAUGGCAGACUGGUCCGACGACGACAGCGAACACCCGCCCACCAAGAGGUCAAGGCAUGAGGCGGGCUACUCAGACCAGACACACCUCACCGACUACGAUGAUGCUAAUGACCCACGUGUGUGGACGCAGCAGCACCUGGAUGCUGCUGACAUCAAGAAUCCAGACCUCCUUGCUCUCACUCCACCCCAGACUGAGCCGGAGGACCAGCGGGGCCUGGCUGGUGAGGUGGAUCCCAAGGGCCCCAUGGGCUUGACGCCACUCAUGAUUGCCUCCUUCCGUGGAGGCGGCCUAGAGAGCCACACGGAUGAGGAUGACAAGGAUGGGUCAGCAGCAGUGAUCCAGGAGCUGAUAGAGCAAGGCGCCAAGCUCAAUGCCAAGAUGGAUCGCACUGGGGAGACUUCCCUCCACCUAGCUGCCAGGUAUGCCAGAGCUGAUGCAGCCAAGCGCCUGCUGGAUGCCAAGGCUGAUGCCAAUGCCCAGGAUGCCACUGGCCGCACACCACUGCAUGCUGCUGUGGCUGCUGAUGCCCAAGGAGUAUUCCAGAUCCUCCUGAGGAAUCGAUCCACUGACCUGAACGCCAAAAUGAACGACGGCACCACACCACUCAUCCUGGCGGCACGGCUGGCCAUCGAGGGAAUGGUGGAGGACCUCAUCAAUGCUGAUGCUGACAUCAAUGCUGCAGAUGAUCUGGGCAAGACAGCGCUGCAUUGGGCAGCCUCUGUCAACAAUGUGGAGGCAGUACAGAUCUUGCUGGCCCAUGGAGCAAACAGGGAUGCUCAGAACAACAGGGAUGAGACUCCUUUAUUCCUUGCUGCCCGGGAGGGGAGCUAUGAGGCGUGUAAGAUCCUGCUGGACCACUUUGCUAACCGGGACAUCACCGACAACAUGGAGCGCCUGCCUGAAGACGUGGCCAACGAACGGCUGCACCACGACAUCGUGCGUCUGCUACGGGAGCACCAUCCCCGUUCUCCCCAGAUGGCCCAGGUGGUCAACACUUCCCAUCUGGUGUCACAACAGAACCAGCAAGCUGGAAAUGUGCUCACCCAGCAGAUGACACCACAGCCAGCACAGCGAACCAACACUCAGCCCAAGGCCAAGGCUCGGCGGCCAAAGUCCUCAGUCAUGUCCCUACCUGGCGGGUCCAUCAACACUCCCGUCAGCCCCGAUGGCACCGUCUCCAUCAAGCGCAGUUCCAGCAUCAAGAAGAAGCGGGAAGCCUCAGGUGUGCCAAGUGUGGACUCACAGACACAGCUGUCACCACUGAACUCAACGGGAUCGCCACAUGGGGUGUUUGAGGCAGCCUCCAGCCCCUUCGAGACAGGUCUGUUUUCUGGCGGCCUGGGUGGUGUCAACCCCCACUUCCCUGACCUGGGUGUGGCACAGCCACCUCCCUACGAGGAGUCUGUCAAGGCUGCAGCUUCCAUGAACAACCUACAACAGAUUGGUGUGCGUGACAACAAUCCUUUCAGUUUUGCCAGCCUGAUUGAGGGCCACCCCCAUCACCAGGGCCAUGUGGUGCACCAGCGGCAGCAGUCUAUGCCAGCUUCCUUCUCCCCACAGAGCCAGACCACCUCUCCCCCUCAUCACAUGACUCCUCCUCACUCAUCUCCCCAGCAUGUCCACUCUCCUCAUGCCCAGGGCCAUGCUACCUCCCCUGGCAAGAUGCGGCCAGCGCUGCCCACCUCCCCCACCCACAUGGCAGCCCUCAGGCACGCCACAGCCACCUCGGGAUUUGAGUUUCCAACCAGUAGUGGGGCUGCGUAUAGUCUGCCUGGCCAGCAGCAGCAACAACAGCAGCAGCAGCAGCCCCCUCCUCCACCUCAGCAACACCAGCUUCAGCAGGCACAGGCUCACCACCAACAGAAACAGCAGCAACAGCAGAUGCAGCAGCACCACCAACACCAAGGUAGCAGUGGAUUCUACCCGCACUAUCCCACCCCUCCCUCACAGCACUCGGGGGUGGAGGCCACACCCCAGCACUCUCAUGGGGCAGCACAGGCUGCUCAUGACGCCUUCCCCACCCCUUCCCCAGAGUCCCCCGGCCAGUGGUCUUCUGCUUCCCCACGCAGCCAGAGUGACUGGUCAGAGGGGGUUAGGUCUCCUCUGGGACCCCCUGGUCUGCCACCAAUACACCCACUGUAUCCCAAUACCCAACAGCAGCAGCAACAACAACAGCAACAACAACAGCAACAGCAACAACAACAACAACAGCAGCAGCAACAACAACAGCAACAGCAACAGCAACAGCAGGGGCAACCACAGGGUCCCCUGCAGCCUCUAGGAUUGCCUUCCCAAGGCUCCAUCUAUAUUUAGACCCUGAAGUUCCCUCGUGCCAAUAGUGUUCUAGUGUACAGUGCUGCCCUUGGUGUACAGUGCCGCGUGCACCAUACCUGCCUGGGCUGCUUCCUCUCUACCAUGUACAUAGUGCUAAUAUUAUUUUAUCCGUACUUAUUGUGCAAGUGAGUACAAUCAUCCACAGACUUUACUUCUUGUAAUUGUAGAAAAGUAAGGCAAGGACCUUCCUGUGUAAGAUGAAGACCCUUUGUGUAUAGUGUUCACACAAAACAGUUUGCAAUAUAGUUGUAGAUGUGACGUAGGAGGAGUCUUUCGUGGGUUGCUCUGUGAUAGCUGUGCUCAACACUAUUGUCCUGAGCAUGAAAGCAUGCAUUUCUAAAUUAAAAUACGAAUCUUUUUUGCUUUUCCCAUGCAUUCCAAACAUACACUUCAGUUUUUAGUCUAGACACUUUGAUGACAAGAAUGUUGACCAGACGAGACCUUGUGCACACAACUCAUCACAGUGACUUGGAGGGAAGUUUGAUAUCAUGGCUAUGUUGAAUGUGAUAUGUUGUUUAGUGUGUGAAGUUUAUAACCAUGUCUUUGUUUAAUUUGUUUUAAGAAUGGCCACGUGUAAGUGUAGGACUUUAGAGACCACAGCCCGAUCUCUGUAGGGUAUUCUGCCAAUAGAUUUUUAUGGGUUUGUAUCAGUAUAAAUUAAUGAAAAUUUUAAUAGAAAUGACAAAAUAUUAUUUUCUGUAUGUAUUGAGUAUCAAUUUAAGACAUGAACAAAUAAAUUUAGCCAAGGGUGCUUUGUUGAGGUAAAGUGCCUGUUGUAAAUGACUCAUAAUUUUUAUAUAUAUUUGUAAGCAUUUGUUGUAUAGAAUGUCUGACACAGAGGGUGUGAGGAGACCAGGACCAACCAGCUGUGUCCUCUGUUAUGUACAAAAUGUAUGUGUUCACGUGAUGUCCAGCGCUGUGUGGCCGUCUUCGGCCAUGCAUGCCACUAAAGCUUUUAAUAAUUCCUGUUUUAAGCAUCAUGACAUGACAUUUCAUUGUUGUUCUCUCCUAAAUGACACACUUGAACAUAUUCUACUUAAUGUUAAGAGGAUGUAGUGAGGCUUGAAAACAGCACAGACAUGUAUACAUUUACAUACCUAUAUAGAUGUGUUCCACAACCACACCUACACUGAAGAAUGUGCCUUUUGCAUAUGUACAUACAGCAUAGUUAUGAUGAACAAGAAUCUUAUACAGCAUACUGUGUUUGCCGGCACUUGGUACAGUCUGUUAGCCACGUCAUGACCCAGAGUCUGCAUUUUCCUGGCUUUUCAUUCCUUGCACGUUUCCACUCCAACACUGCAGGCAAUUGUUUUCAUCAUUGAUCUCAGGAUGGCUGGGUGGCGGGUGCCUUGGGGCCAGGCACGGCUAGCACAGAAUGCCACAGUGCUCAAGCAAAACGUGCAAACCCUAUUCAUUAUGUAUAUUUUCCCUCCACAUACGCACUGUCCCUUUUCACACACACACACACACACACACACACACACAGACUGACAUAUAUACUCAAAGGUUUACAAAGAAAAUUUCCACCUGCAUUUAUGUUUAAAAGAUAACUAACUGUACAUCAGACAAAAUACUCAUUGGUCUUGUACUUCCACAUCCUGAACCUCCAUAUGAGUGGGGUUUUUUUUAGUUUGAGAGUAUGAAUGUAAGCAUUAUUUUGUGAGUAUGCAUGUAAAUGAAACAUGAUUUUUUUA